GUGGGUAUAGACCGACUGUGGGCAACCUCAGACAGGUGGAGGAGACGUCCUUAAGCAGCUGAACUGCACUGUGGUCGGACUGGGUCGGGCAGGACUGGGCUGGGCUGCAGGACGCGUAGCGGUGGACGCUGUGCACGCUCGGUGCGCGGAUCCUCCUGCAGCUGCUGGAUUCACAGUAUGAUACCAGAUCCAAAACAUGGUUUGGCUGAUUUUCCCAUCCUGAGCCUUCGCACACAUGCUUGGACACUUAACUGUGGACGCGGGGAGGACGAGGGAUGUAGUUGCAAUGGAUUAAUAGGGAGUACACAUGGACCUUGAUUUUUUUCCUAAGAUUAUUGGCUUGUAAUUUUUAUUUUAUUUUUAUCCCCCUGCCUUGGCCAUGGAGAACCAAGCAGCCGAGCCGCAGAACUAUGAAGAUGUACAGAAAAGCGGCUAUCUCCGCAAGCAUAAAUCAAUGCACCGGCGAUUCUUCGUGCUGAGGGCGGCCUCGGAGCAUGGUCCUGCUCGACUUGAGUAUUAUGAGAACGAGAAGAAAUUCCGCAGUAAAUCACCUGUGCCCAAAAAAGUCCUGAACCUGGAGACUUGCUUCAACAUCAACAAGCGGGCAGAUUCCAAGAACAAGCACAUGAUAGUCCUUUAUACCCGCAGCGAGAGCUUUGCCAUCGCUGCAGACAGCGAGGAGAUCCAAAAUGAGUGGUACCAAGCAAUGCUGGACCUCCAGUGCAACUGUAAAACUCCUGAAGACUAUGGCAGUAGCGGCGAGUGUAGCUCUCCGUCUCCUGUUCCAACCUUCAAGGAAGUAUGGCAGGUCAAGGUUUGGCCUAAAGGUCUUGGACAUGCCAGGAACUUAGUUGGCAUCUACCGGCUGUGCCUAACUGACAAAACAGUCAACUUUGUCAAACUCAACUCUGAUGUGGCAGCUGUGGUGUUGCAGCUGAUGAAUGUUCGCAGGUGCGGCCAUUCAGAGAAUUUUUUCUUCAUUGAGGUGGGACGCUCAGCGAUUACUGGCCCUGGAGAGUUCUGGAUGCAGGUGGAUGACUCUGUGGUGGCUCAGAACAUGCACGAGACCCUGCUGGAGGCCAUGAAGGCCCUAAGUGAGGAGUUCCGUCAGCGCAGUAAAUCUCAGUCUGUGGGAACGUCGUGUGGAGGUGGUACUGCUUCAAAUCCCAUCAGUGUCCCGAGCCGCCGCCAUCAUCCAAAUCUGCCGCCAAGCCAGGUGGGCUUCUCCAGACGAGCCCGCACAGAGACUCCUGGAACAGGAGGCAGCAGCACAAGCACGUCACCUACAUCACGCCACGGAUUCCCGAGGGCACGAACUGCCAGCAUAGGGGCCAGGUCGGAGGAGGGCGGAGCAAGUGCCAAAGGGACAUGGGCCAGCUCCAGCCCGAGUCUUAAUGGUUCCUGCUCAACUACACCAACACUGAGGCCCAAGCCCACCAGGGCCCCAACUCCUGCUAAGAUUACCCUCAGCCUUGCACGUUACACGCCUAAUCCUGCUCCCUCUCCUGCGCCGAGCCUGUCCUCUAGCUCUGGUCAUGGUUCAGAGUGUGGCCUAGUGGGGGCGGCGGUGGGAGGAAUGACAAUCUGCUCCUACCCUCGUGUUUCUCAGCGAGUUUCUGUUUCAGGUUCACCGAGCGACUACGGCUCCUCAGAUGAAUAUGGCUCCAGUCCUGGGGAACACUCUCUGCUUGUACCCAGUCUGUCGGGACAUCAUGUACAUGGAGAAGGCUCUUCCAGCUAUAUAGUGAUGGGACAGCGAGAGGGUCUCCUCGGUUCCCAUCAUCGCUCAAAAGGCAGACGGAUACUGCGGCGCGCAUCCAGUAGGGAAUCUGAGGCAGAACGCAGACUGUUAAGCAAGAGGGCUUCCCUACCGUUGGCAGCACAUGAACGACUGACCCCACACAGAAAAGAUGAAGAUGACGAAGAUGAUGAAGAAUAUGCCAUCAUGUCGCAGAAUGCUAACCGAGAGAGAGCUGAUUUGCACUGUGGCUCAGGGGCUCUGGCUGUUGGGGGUGGGCAGCAUGAUGUAGUAGGGGAGAGUAGGAAGAGGGCUGAUAAAAGCAGGGGGGAAGUGGACGCAGGAGCAGCUGUGGAUAGUGGCUAUAUGUCAAUGUUGCCUGGAGUGACAUCUCCUCCUGUUUCACUCUCUCUCUCGAUAGGUAUGUCAGACGCCAGUGCUAAACCUGGGGCAGAUGAUGAGUAUAUGGCCAUGACCCCCAACAACAGUGUGUCCCCCCCUCAGCAUAUCCGCCAGCCCAGCUCAGAGGGCUACAUGGUCAUGUCUCCCAAUAGUAGCAGCUCCACAGACUUGCACGGACUGGGCAUGUGGGAUAGCAGGGCCAGCAUGGAGAGCCGGGCUGCCAGUGAUUACAUGAACAUCUCACCUGUCUGCAGUCGCUCUGCCUGCAGCACACCCCCUUCCCACCCCGAGCAGCACCAACUGCAACCAAAAAUGUUCAAUUCCUACUUCUCCCUGCCACGAGCUUAUCAACAUACUCUCUAUACUCGCUUUGAGGAGGACUUAAACAAAGGGGAAGGAAAAAAGGACAGCAGUGGGCACGAUAGUCCUGGAAGGGGAGGGGGAGUGGGAUACAACAAGAGAAACAAAAUUGCAGUGGGCUCUGCAGGAGGCUGUCAACUCUCCAUGUCUUCCUCUUCUUUCUCCUCCAGCUCAGCCAGCAGUGAAAGCCUGGAAGACAAGUCCAUAUCGGCAGGCAGAGGGUUAAGUUUACUAAGAACUGGAGCAGAUUACAAGAGUGCGGGAACAUGCACAAAAGAUGGGCGUCACCAUCAAAAACGGGGAUCAAGUAGUAAGAGCCCAAAGCAACAAAGGAGGGGUCGUCCCCUCAGUGUGUCUUCAGACAUUACUAAAGCGAACACCCUGCCCAGGGUGAAGGAGAAUCUGCUGCCAUCAGUGUCUCAAAACGUCGGUGAGUAUGUCAGUAUUGUGUACAAGGAGGACAAUAAGUAUGAUGGAGGACGACGUGUGGGGCCUAAACAUGGACAACCUGUGAUCCAUGGAACCCUCCGGCCAUUAAACCAACCACUCCUCUGCCACGAUAAUCCUGCUGUACUUCCCCGCAGCUUCUCCGCUCCUUUGUCCACCUCUGCCGAAUACGUGAGCAUGGACUUAGGGAAGACCUCAACGCCCCUGACUCCUCUUAGAUCCACAUUCAGCACCCCACAGGGUCCACCAGCUGUUGCCCCCAAGGCCCGACAUGAACACGGCAUGUCUUCUUCUCUGGCGGCAGAGGGCAAUGCUGGGUACAGAACAAAAGUAAAGAUGGCAGCAAUGCCAACAGACACCCCUACUCCAUUUAUGGACAACAAAGGUUCAGGCCCCAGCAUUUCAGCAAGGCCUGUCCACUCUGGUCAACCCUUAUCCAUGGAGCAGGAGACAGCCUUGGGUUUUUCCCCAGUCAAGUCCUUCCAGUCUCCUGAGCGGAACAGCAGAUUGGUCCGAGGUGACCCGCAGGGACGGCAGAGCCACCGCUCAGACACAUUUAACUCACCUCCCUCCCUACCACGCCACCCACCCUCUUCUACCUCCCUCUUCCCGGAGGGCAGCCAGGCAGCGAGCCAUCGGCACGGUUUGGAUUGCUCACCGUGGGAGAACAGGCAGGCAGCUAGUUUAUCUGCCACACCUCCACCACAAGCCUCCACCUCAUCUGCUGAACAAGGCCUUAACUAUAUUGACCUUGACUUGGCCAUUAAGGAGAGCCCUCAAGCUGGAGUGGAGCGUACCUCUGCCGCCUACAACAUCGGAGGAAGCGCUAUGGGCAAUAGUGCUGGCUCCAGCCUCAACACUUAUGCCAGUAUUGAUUUCUAUAAGUCAGAAGAACUGAGAGCACAUCAGAACAGUAGAAAGGAUGGUCAAGAUUGAUCUCAGUCUUCGUCUUGGAUCCAAGCAUGACGCCUGUGUGACAGCUCCACACUCAGUCUGUGAGGGGACGCUCGGCGGCCCGAUCUGUUGCCACAACAGAACUGUACACUGGAGCCUGAACACUGAAAACCCUGGAAAACUCAUCCUCAUCCCGUCUGCUGUUUUCUGUCAACCAAAUGUGUGCCAAACACACACACACAAACACACAUACACACACACGCACACACACAACACAGGGUAAGGAAAAGGUUUUGUUUUUGCCUUUGUUUUGAAUAAAAAUGACAUCUGAUUAUCAUUUAACUUAAUAUAUAUAAAGGAUAACAAUUUGAUACGUGAUUGUGUAUGAGUUCUCAGGUGGCCAUUAUGUUGAUCGUGGUGGCUCCAUCACACAUUAACAAUCAUGCAGGCAACGUCAUAGAUUAACAAGGCUUUCAGGGAAUCACUUAAGUGGUAGAAAAAAAGUCCAUCUGUUUAUCCUAAUUUAAAACACAUUGGCUUGUGAUUGGAGAAAUAUGUUGACCUCUUGUAAAUCAAGGCUCAAAAGUGGCAGCUGACACAGUCUCGGCUGCAUUCUCAAGUGUUUGUUUAAUGGGUUCAAUGGCAAACUUGGGUUUUUUAGUAUAUCGUCACAUCAUCCUUUUUCCAUAUUUGAUAAGUUAAAUGAUCAUCAGGUAUCAUUUUGAGUCAAAAUAAGGAAAUACAGCAUGGCAGUGGUUUCAUACACUCAUACACACUGUCACUGUAAACAUAUUUGGUUUAUUGUAUACAGUUGCCUAAAAAAGCUUUUAUACUUCUUGACCACUUUUCUUGUGCUACUGCGGGAAUUCGAAACGUGCUUAAAGUACAAUUUUUUAAAUUGGGAAUGAAAUUACAAAUUCAAUUUAGAUAUAGUUUUUAUGUUUGUUUUAAACUUUAUGUCAGUUUUUCAUACAAGAAGAAAAUUGUUAUACACAUCUUAUGCAAUCUUUGUGACAUACACAGGAGUUUAAACUGUAUUUAAUACCAUACAGUAUGAUUACAAUUUCAUUUUCACAUUGAAGUUGGCAUCACAUUGUUGUACUUGUGCACAGAGCUGAUAUUUAGGUUGUAGUUGAGGGACAAGAACAAUGGCUUUCAUAUAAAGUUGUAAUGCUGUAAUUCUGUGUUUUUUCCCACACAGAAGUGUUAUCCCUAAAGCUCCAGCUGUUUAUACAGCCCCAGCUUCCAUUAUGCAUAAACUAAACAUGUGCUGUCAUGUCCUAUAGCUGAUGAUCAAAUGGUGCCAGUAUGAAAGUUUAGUCAAUACAUCUCAGUGGUAUUUUAGGAUAUUUGGUGGAUUGACUAAGGCUACAUCAACACUGCAAGCCUAAGUGCUCAAUUCUAAUUUGUUGCUUAUUUUUUUGUUUGGUUGUUCACAUUACUUUUUAAAUGUGGCUCAUAUCAGAUUCCAUUGUAAACAGAUCACCGUCCUGACCCGCAUGAUGAACGCCAAUCUAGAAUGAUGUAAAGUCUGUGAAUCAGUGAAUUCUGGUAUGACUGUUCACACUGAGGUCUGACCUGUAUCUGAUUUAGACCACAUGGCCCAAAUCAGAAUUGAAAAGAUCAGAUUAGAUCUGCGUCACAUAUGAGCAAAAAAAUCUCCUAUCUGCCCGGUAUGCUAACGUUCAGUAACUGCAGCUAACAAACAAACAAACAACAAACAAAAAAUCUGUCAGUUCAGUGGUGUCACAUACGCUGUAUUUAUGCUGCAGGGAAAAGUCAGAUGGAAGCCACAGCUUUCAUGCAACAUGACAGCAUUUUUGGGAAAUUAUUUAUGCCACAUAGAUCUUGUAGAAAAGCAGGCACAUAGAUACACAACAGUGCAUUUAUUUAAUAAUCACAGUAUGCAACAUUGCAUAAAAAUGGCCAAAUUAACAUAACAUUCUUCUGCUAUGCAUGUAAACAGCUUAAUCAAAUUGGCUUCAAACACGCACGUACGGACAAUAAUUAGAUUGUAUGUAUGUAAAUAUCAUCACUGAGAUGUGCUGAAGGGACCUGAUAACGGGGGGGAGGCAAAUAUUAUGUUUUGGCAAACAACAAAACUGUGAAUAUUCUAGCCACUCUGUAUUUAUGUAUUGGUGCGGGGAAAAAAAACCCUCCCCUUCUCUACAGCCCACAUAUGAAGUCAUACAUACAGUAUUUGCUGCUAAGAUGAUAGGAUACAAAUGAGACUAGAUAAUGAUUUAUUCUCUCUAUUUGAAUCUGAAAACUUCAUGACUUUCUACGAUUUCAUCUCAGUGUAAAAUUAUUUUGUACUUUGAGCUGAUUGCGGCUAAAUAAGAUGUCAUAUUAAUGCAUUUUGAACCAAUGUGUAGCACAGAAUCUUUGAAAAGUGUAAAUACUUUUUUGGCAACUGAUCUUUUCUAUUAUAACUGUAUAUUAUACUAUAGUAUAUACUACAGUAUACAAGUAGAACGACAGAAGCUAUAGUACAUACUGUAGUUUGUUUUCAGUUAACACAAUUCUAAUAUAAAGUUACACAUUACAAUGGUAUAUAAAAUAUACAGUAUACAUAUAAUGAUUAAUACUAUAUAGCCUAGAUAUCUAUAUACUCUUUUAUAAAGUGCCUCAUUUUUGAUUGUAGCUGUUUUUACACAGGUAAUCUUAAAAUGGGUUGUGAAAAUGGAAAAAAAGUGUUGUCUCUCUCCUGAGUCUAAAUUGUGAACAUGUUGAUCUUUACAGAAGACAAACCGGAAACUUCUAUUGCUAUCAGUCAGCCAUAAUCAAAUUGCCUUACUGUGUUUAUCAGACACAUGGGAAAAAAUUAUUAAUUAAUAUUUUUUGCAGUGCCUAACACUAUUUCAGCCACAAUGUAAGCACUCGCUCGCUCUUUUGUUUGGCUUCGUCAAGCUGAGGUUUGGCCAAAAAAAAAAAGAAAAUCAAAAAAAAAAAAUCAUCUCUUUCUCUCAGUAUUUUCACACCCUGGGACGUAUCCACUUCAGGCCCUACUGUCUAUUGUCAUUACUCCUGUUCGCUACCAACCAGCCACUUGUUCAGUGUAAAAGCUGUUGGGAAUGGGACACCCCCCUUCCCCCCUCCCUCAUCUGAAGCAGCAGAUAGCUUACAGAAAUAAAUAUUAACAAAUAAAUGUCGUACAUUAAUAGAUUUUACUGUCGAAUCAUAUUUUUAAUAACUGUAUGUAAUUCAACUUUCCGUUUUUUACUCUAAGAAGAAUACAGUGGCCAGUGUCAUGUAUAUAAAAUAAGUUGUCCACUGAUAAAGCAGAAUCUUACGCACUAUUGGACAGAAAAUUAAAUAUGUUCACUAAUUUAUUUGCAGUGUAUUUAAAACCUCAAAACAAAUGUGAAAGAAGGUGUUUUUUUCUCCUCAGAGCAGCCAGUACUGGUGGCUGGCUGCUUAUCUGGGCUAAAACAGUAUUAACAUGCUUGUGUAUUGCUCUUAUUAUUUGGAUGUGGAUUAUCUGGACGUGGAUUCAGUUCCCAGAAGGUGUGAAUAGUGCUACUUCUCUCUCUUUUUUCUCUCCACGCUCACACACAGGACUUGGUCUAAACUAUGACACAGUGCCGUUCCUGCUCACACUCAUUGCUUUCUCUUUUAUUCCAUUUAUAACAUUCUGCUGCUGUCAAACUAAUUGCCAAAAAAUACACUGACAACAAUUCAAAGGUCCACCAUAGUAGAAAGAUAAUUUGCAGUGGACGCACACAAAAUCAGGCAUAGAUCUGAUUUAGAAAAAAAAAAAAAAACUCACCCUUUCACUUGACAGCCAUUGGGCCAAAAAAUAAGUUGCUAAAAUUUUAAAUGGAGUUUUUUAAAGCAGUGUUUUUCUUAAGGUAGUGUGACUUAAUAGUUUAUGACUGGUUGCGUACUGUUUCUGGAGCCGCUGGUGGAGAGUUUGGGUAUGUUGUGACUUGAGUGAUACUGUACAUUGAAUCAGGAUGUGUUAAUAUAAAAAAUGCUUGUGGUGUCGCAAUGCCAAACACUAAUUACAGUGACCAAACUCUUUUCCUCCAGGGCUCUGGCUGUGUGUAUACAGGGUACAAACGAAGAAGGCUUUCUUGAUGUGUUUUUGACACUGGUAGCUUUUCCCACAUUUAGAUUGAGUUUUUAUUUUUCACAGGGCUCUGGUUCGCUAACCAAAUAGUUUUGACCCUGUUGCAGAUAUUAAAUGCUUAACUGCACUCGCACACUGUUACACAUAAAAA